GGGGCCCGGCUGCUCCAGAACGGUUUUGGUGCCGCCGCCGCCACCGACGCCCCCCGGUCCCCCCCCGGCGGGGCCAGGGCGGCCGACGGGGCCAACGGGGAGUGCUGGGGGAAGGAGAAAGGCCCCAAGGCCCUGGAUCUGUUCUCCCACUUCAGCCCCGAGCCCGGCGAGGAGCCCGCCCUGCUGGACAGAGCCCCCCCACCCCGCGAGGGCAGGGCCAAGGAGAAGGCGCUGGCGGUGCCGUCGCUGUCCCCGUCCCCCGGCCCGGGCCUGGACUGCAAAGGGGACGGCCCCGACAAGCUGCCCCCGAAUUUCCCGCAGCCCUUCGAGCCGGGCCAGGCCAUCAAGAAGGAGGAAUCGGACCCCGAGGAGGUGGUGGGGCGUGAGCCCAGCCCCAAGGGCCUGGCGGUGGCCCUGGGGGACGGCCCCCUGGAGCACCUCAAGUCGGUGACUGUUCGUUACCCCCCACCGGAGGACUCGGCCCUGCCGCCCUGGCCCGGCCCGGAGCCCGCCCUGCCGGGGGCUGAGGUGAAACACUCGCCCCGCAGCCCCCACGAGCCCUUCUACAAACCCCCCUCGCCCCGGGGGCUGCCCCCCGCCCCCAGGGACGGCCUCUCCCUCAAGGAGGAGCGGGAAGGGCUGGAGAAAGGCGUGGGGAGCCCGCAGAGCGCGUCCAGCCCCGAGGACGAGGAGGAGGACGAGGAAGAGGAGGAGGAGGAGGAAGAAGAGGGGGGCAACAACAACGACUCCCCUUCCUCCAGCUCCUCGCGGCCGCUCAAGGUGAGGAUCAAAACCAUCAAGACCUCCUGCGGCAGCAUCACCAGGACGGUCACCAGGGUGUCCUCGGACUCGGAGCCGGGCUGUGCCAGAGCAGAGCAGAGCUCCCAGGAGCCGGCCCCGGAGGGCUCAGCACCCACCCCGAGGGAGGAUGGACCCCUGGAGGGCUCGCCCAAGGACAGGCCGGAGCUCUGCAGCCCCUCCAAGGCGGCGGAGGGGCCCAGGAUGGUCAGCGUGCAGCUGGGCGGCGGUGCCAAGCUGCCGGGCGCGGUGCUGCCCGUGUCGGCCAUCCAGAGCGCCAGCAGCGCCAUGCUCAUCGCCGCCAGCGUGGCCCAGCAGAAGGCCGUGGUGCUGCCCGCCAAGCCCGGCAAGGCCGUGGCCAAGAACAUCAUCAACCUGGUGCCGCAGAGCCUGCCCCGCGCCGACGGCAGGGGCGGCACGGCCGGUGCCACCAGCGCCGCCACCAGCACCCCCAAGGUGAACGGCGCCGCCGUGGUGAUGGUGCAGCCGCAGAAACCGCCCCCGCCCGCCCUGGCCGGCACCGUCAUCUCCCGCAGCCAGUCCAGCCUGGUGGAGGCCUUCAACAAGAUCCUCAACAGCAAGAACCUCCUGCCCACCUACAAGCCCAACCUGAACCCGCCCGCCGACGCCAGCCUGGCCCUGCCGCCCUUCGGCUACCGCUGCCUGGAGUGCGGCGACGCCUUCGCGCUGGAGAAGAGCCUGGCCCGGCACUACGACCGGCGCAGCAUGAGGAUCGAGGUCACCUGCAACCACUGCACCAAGCGCCUGGUGUUCUUCAACAAGUGCAGCCUGCUGCUGCACGCCCGCGAGCACAAGGACAAGGGGCUGGUCAUGCAGUGCUCGCACCUCGUCAUGCGCCCCAUCGCCCUGGACCAGAUGGUGGGCCAGCCCGACAUCACCCCCCUGGUGCCCGUGGCCUCCUUCCCGCCGGGCAGGGUGGCCCAGGACGGCCCCGGCGCGGCCAACGGGGCGCAGGAGCCGCCGGUGCUGCCCCUGGGGGGCGGGGGGGCCCCCGAGCAGGGCAGCUACAGCUGCUUCAGGUGCCUGGAGUGCAAGGAGCAGUGCAAGGACAAGGCCGGGCUGGCGGCGCAUUUCCAGCAGCCCGGCAGCUGCCCCAGCUGUGCCGUGGUGUUCGGGGGGGUGAACUCCAUCAAGUCCCACAUCCAGACGUCGCACUGCGAGGUUUUCCACAAGUGUCCCAUCUGCCCCAUGGCCUUCAAAUCGGCCCCCAGCGCCCACGCCCACGUGUACACCCAGCACCCCGGCUUCAGCAACCAGCAGGCCAAGAUGAUCUACAAGUGCGCCAUGUGCGACACGGUGUUCACGCACAAACCGCUGCUCUCGGCCCACUUCGACCAGCACCUGCUGCCCCAGCGCGUCAGCGUCUUCAAGUGCCCCGAGUGCCCCCUGCUCUUCGCCCAGAAACGCACCAUGCUCGAGCACCUCAAGAACACCCACCAGCCCCAGAAGGCCAAGGAGGACGCGGCCAGGAAGGUGCUGCUGACCCCGAAGCAGGAGCCCCUGGAGACCCCCGUGUCCAAGAUGUCCGAGGAAUCCUCGUCCUCCACGGAGGAGGACGAGCCCCCCAGCUCCCCCGAGCUGCGCAAGGCCAAGAGGAGCCGCUUCCAGAGGAAAACCGGCACCAAAUCCAAGGGCAGCGGCUGGACCUGCGGGGUCUGCCACUCCUGGUUCCCGGAGCGCGACGAGUACGUGUCCCACAUGAAGAAGGAGCACGGGAAGUCGGUGAAGAAGUUCCCGUGUCACCUCUGCGAACGCUCCUUCUGCUCCGCCCCGAGCCUGCGCAGGCACGUCCGGGUCAACCACGAGGGCAUCAAACGGGUCUAUCCCUGCAGGUACUGCACGGAGGGCAAAAGGACCUUCAGCAGCCGCCUCAUCCUGGAGAAGCACAUCCAGGUCCGGCACGGGAUCAAGGUCACGGACCAGAUGAAGAGCCAGGAGGUCGUGAUUGCCCGGAUUGGGAGCGGCCCCUCCCAGGUGUCGGGCCGGAAGAGGAAGCUCUCGUCGGACGAUUCCUGCAGCGAGGAGCCCGACAGCACCACCCCCCCCUCCAAGACCCCCAAGGGCGACCGCAAAGGCCCCCUGAGGUGCCGGAAAUGCGGGUACUUGGCCAGCAGCCCCUCCGACUUCCAGGAGCACAUCCCGCAGCACCGGACUGACGAGAGCUCCCACCAGUGCCGCGAGUGCGGGCUCUGCUUCACCUCCCAGGUGUCCCUCAACCGCCACCGCUUCAUCACCCACAAGAAGAAGAAGAGCACGGGGAACCUGGAGGACCCCGGGCCCCGCAGCCCCCGGGAAGGGGGGUCCCAGGGCGCGGCCGACGGGAAAUUGGUGUGCAAGGUGUGCGGGAGGGGCUUCGACAGCCAACUCAACCUCAAGACCCACUUCAGGACCCACGGCAUGGCCUUCAUCAGGGCCAGGCAGAACAACAGCCCCGAGAACUGAGGGAGCGUCGCCAGCCUCUGGAAUUCCCUCUGGAAUUC